AUGUUCCCACGGUCCCCCGUCACCCCGCGGGAAAGCAGGAGGGUGGAAUCUCAGGCUCACACUCCCGCUAUUUCACGGGCCCCCACCGGGCACCCGCGGAAGGCCCCACGGAAAGCAGGAGGGUUGUCCAGCUCCCCCACCCGCUAUUUUCCACGGUCCAGGGUCCCGCGGGAAUGCAAGGAGGGGUCCAGCUCCCCUCCCGCUUCUUCCCACGGUCCCCGGGCCCCGCGGAAAGCAGGAGGGGUAAUCUCUAUCUCCCCCUCCCGUAUGUUCCCCCACGGUCCCCUCAACCACUACAAGCAGGAGCGGUGUCCCCCGCCCCCCUCCCCGCUAUUUUCCCCCGUCCCCCCUUCACACCGCGGCAACGCAGGAGCGGUGUCCAGCUCCCGCCCGCUAUUUCCACGGUCCCUGGCCCCACGGGAAAGCAGGAGGGGGUGGUCCACCCACCCCUCCCGCUAUUGUUCCACAGUCCCCUGCACCCGCGGGAAAGCAGGAGGGGUGUCCAGCUCCACUCCCCGAUUUUCCCACGGUCCCCCGGACACGACGCGGGAACAGGAGGGUGUCCACUCCCCCUCCCGCUAUUUUCCUCCAGUCCCCGGGGCCCCGCGGGAAAGCAGGGGGUGUCCACUCCCCCUCCCGCGAUUUUCCACGGUCCAGGGCCGCGGGAAGGCAGAGGGGUGUCCAGCUCGCCCGCCCUCCCGCUAUUUUCUCCCCACGGUCCCCCGGGCCCCGCGGGAAGCAGGAAGUCCCGCCACACGGGAAGGCAGGAGGGGUGUCCACUCCCCCUCGCCGAGAUUUUUCUCCCCGGUCCCCCUGAGCCAGCGGCAAGCGAGCGGUGUCCAGCGCCCCCCCCGCUAUGCCACGGUCCCCCGGCCCCAAACCGGGGAAAAGCAGGAGGGGGGUCCACCUCCCCACUCCCGCUAUUUCCCACGGUCCCCCGGCAACUGCCGCCCCCGUGUGAAGCCCGGAGGGGUGUCCAGCUCCCCCUCACCGCUAUGUUCCCACGGUCCCCCGGGUUCCUGCGGGAAAAGCAGGAGGGGGUCCAGCGCCCCCUCCCGCUAUUUUCCCACGGGGAAAGCAAGGGUUGUCCCAGCUCCCCUCCCGCCACCCAACCCCCCUAUUUUUCCCACGGUCCCCUGCCCCGCGGCAAAGCAGGAGCGGUUCCACCUACCCCGCACCGCUAUUUUCCCACGUCCCCGGGCCCCACGGGAAGCAGGAGGGGUGUCCACCCCCCCCUCCCGCUAUUGUCCCACGUCCCAGGUCCUGCGGGAAGGCAGGAGGGUUGUCCAGCUCGCCCUCCCGCUAUUUUCCCACGGCCCCGGGCCCCGCGGGAAAGCAGGAGGGUGUCCAACGCCCCCUCGGCUAUUUCCCACGGUCCCCGGGCCCGCUGCAAAGCAGGACGGGUGUCCCAGCUCCCCCAUCCCCCGCUAUUUUUCCCACGGUCCCCGGGCCCGCGGGAAAGCAGGGGGGUGUCCUUCUUGCCCCCUCCCGCUAUUUUCCACGGUCCCCCCGGGCCCCGGAGGCAAGCAGAGGGUGUCCAGCCUCCCCACCCGUCUAGUUUCCCCAAGAUCCCCCAGGGUCCCGCGGGAAGGCAGGAGGGGUGUCCACCUCCCCAUCCCGCUAUUUUCCCACGGUGCCCGGCACCCGCGGGAAAGCAGAGGGUGCCCAUCCCCCUCCCGCUAUUUUCCCCCACGGCCCCGCACCCCGGGAAAGCGAGGGGGUCCCACGCCCCCCCCGCUAUUUUCCCCACGUUCCCCGGCCCACGCGGAAACAGAGGGUGCCAGCUCCCCCUCCACCCCUAUUUCCCACGGUCCCCGCCCCCGGGAACACGAGGGUGCCCGCUCCCCUCCCCCUAUUUCCCCACGGCCCCCACCAACGCGGAAAGCAGGAGUGUCCGCCUACCCCUCCCGCUAUUCCCACGGUCCCCCGGGCCCGCGAAGCAGGAGGCCGGCUGCCCCUCCCCCCUCCCCUAUUUGCCCCACGUCCCCGGCCCCUGGGAAAGCACGGAGGGGUCCCUCCCCACCCCUAUUUCCCACGUCCCCCCAGGCCCCGCGGAAGCAAGGGGUGCCCCCCCCUCCCCGCUAUUUUCCCCACGCCCCCCCCGGCACCCGAGGGAAAGCAGAGGGGUGUCCAGCUCCCCCUCCCCGCGAUGUUCCCACGGUCCCCCGGGGCCCCGCGUGA